AAGAUGAGUUCCACUUAUGGCGAGAAUAUAGAAAGAAAUGAGUUACUAAAGGCUCAAGCUAAUGUGUGGAAUCACGUCUUCAAUUUCAUACAUUCUGCUUGUCUUAAGUGUGCAGUUGAAUUAGGCAUACCAGAUAUUAUUCACAACCAUGUUAUACCCAUCACAGAUCAACAACUUAUUGCUGCUCUACCAAUCAACCCUUCAAAAGCAGAUGGUAUCCACCGGUUAAUGCGCAUAUUGAUUAACUCUGGUUUCUUCAAGAAGGAAAAAAUAAGUCCAAACGAGUUGGAAGAAGGAUAUGUACUUACCACUUCUUCCCAGUUGCUCCUCAAGAGCAAUCCCUUUAGUAUUGUACCAUUUUUGUUUGCGAUGCUUGAUCCAGUCUUAAUGAACCCAUGGCCCCAUCUUAGCGCUUGGUUCCAAAAUGAUGAUCCAACUCCAUUUUUUACAGCACAUGGGAUCACAUUAUGGGACUACACUACCCGUGAACCUAGAUUUAACUAUUUGUUUAAUGAAGCUAUGGCAUGUGAUUCUCAUUUAGUUACAACAACUAUAAUAAAUAAUUAUAAAAAUGUAUUCGAUGGGUUAAAGAAAUUGGUUGAUGUUGGAGGUGGCACUGGAAAUUUUGUUAAAGAUUUGGCUCAUCAGUUUCCAAACUUAGAGUUCACUGUUUUUGAUCUUCCACAUGUAGUUGAUGGCUUCCAAUCCACCCACAACUUGAAAUAUGUUGGAGGAGACAUGUUUGAAGCAAUUCCUCCUACCGAUGGAAUCAUAUUAAAAUGGAUAUUACACGAUUGGAAUGAUGAAGACUGUAAAAAGAUACUUAAACGUUGUAAAGAGUCAAUUACGAAAAGUGAUGAAGGAGGUGGUAAGGUGAUAAUAAUAGAUAUUGUCAUGGAUAAGCAAAAAGAAGAUACAGAGUUCAUCCAAACACAACUCUUGUUUGACAUGGUAAUGAUGGCUGACGUAACUGGAAAGGAGAGAACUGAAAAAGAAUGGGCUAAACUCUUUUUUGUUGUUGGAUUCAGUCACUAUAAGAUUAUUCCCAUACUAGGUACAAGAUCAAUCAUCGAGCUCUAUCUUUAA